AUGGUUCCUGUCAUCAAGGAGGAUGUGGUGAGGGACGGGGGCAGGGAGGCGACGCUCCCAGCAGCAUUUAGUCUUCCCAAAUCCUCCACACAGUGUCAACUGUUGCUUCCUCCCACCGUGGUCCCUCUGUCUACACUGCGUCUGAUCUCACCGGUGUCAGCAUCCUCACCCGUCUGACAGAGGCUCUGAUGAGGACUUUGAAAACACGAUUUACCUCCACGGUGGCGGUUCUCUGAAGACAUGGAUGGAGCAAAGAGCAAAGCCCAAACUCACCGACUUCUAUUCAUCCAGAUCCAAUCUGCCCUCUGCUGCCCUUGUUGGAGAUGCUGCUUUCACUACCAUUGCCAAUGUCCCUCCAACUGCCAACAAGGAUUGCAAGAAAACCCUCAUCAGGUUCCUCUCCUGGUUGUGCUUCUACUGCAUAUAA